UUUGGUUCAGAGCAUGUAGGACAAAGAGGAUGGAGUGGAGAGAAGGCAACAUCCUUGAAUCUCAAAGUCCUGAUUAUUUCUGUCAGUGUAGCUGCUGCUGGAACUAUAACCAUAACCAUUUGCUAUGUAAUCUACCAUAGAAAAAAGGUGGCAAGAAGGAAAGCCAAGAAAAUAAGUUUGGGGAAUGGGAUAGAGUACUUGUCCGAGUGUGGAGGUUCAUCUAAAUAUUUGGUAACCGAAGAUGAUAAGAAACGGAUCGAUAUCCCAUUUUUCAACUUGGAAAGCAUACUAGUCGCUACGGACAACUUCUCAGAUGCAAACAGGCUUGGUCAAGGUGGAUUUGGCCCUGUUUACAAGGGUAAGUUCCCUCAAGGACAAGAAAUGGCAAUUAAGAGGUUGUCAAGUCAUUCUAGUCAAGGUGCAGAAGAAUUUAAAAACGAAGUAAUGUUAAUUGCCAAACUCCAACACAGAAAUCUAGUCAGACUUUUGGGCUACUGCAUCGAGGAGAACGAAAAGAUCUUAUUAUAUGAAUAUAUGCCCAACAAAAGCUUAGACACCCAUAUAUUUAAUCAUAGUGUACGCCCAUUGUUGAAUUGGAAUAUCCGCUUUGAAAUCAUAUUGGGCAUUGCUCGUGGACUUCUUUAUCUACACCACGACUCCAGAUUACGUAUCAUUCAUAGAGAUCUAAAAACGAGCAAUAUUCUAUUAGACGAAGAGAUGAAUGCCAAAAUAUCAGAUUUCGGCUUGGCCAGGAAUGUUGAAGGCAAAAGUAUUGAUGCUAAGACGCAAAAAGUUGCCGGAACUUACGGCUAUCUUGCACCAGAAUAUGCAUUGGAAGGACUUUUUUCAAUCAAGUCUGAUGUUUUUGCUUUUGGAGUGGUUGUACUGGAAAUCAUUAGUGGAAACAAAAACUUGGAUGUUCUUGAAGACACAAACCUCUUGGGUCAUGCUUGGAAACUAUGGAUGGAAAACAAGGCAUUGGACAUAAUGGACCAAAGUCUAGUGGAUACAUUCAAUGAAAUUGAAGUAGUAAAGUGCAUAAACAUAGCACUUUUAUGUGUGCAAGAAGAUCCAGGUGAUAGGCCAAUUAUGUCAAAUGUGAUAAUUAUGCUUGGAAGUGAUAGCAUGCCUCUUCCAAGACCCAAUCAACCAGCUUAUGUCACAAGGAAAAAUUACACAAUAGGAGCAAGCACAUCAUCCUCCUCUUCUUAUAAUUAUAAUAAUUACUAUAAUUAUGAUUCAUUCACUGGCUCCAAAAAUGAGUUGACCAUCACUGAUAUGCAAGGCCGAUAAAUAUUAUAUAGUAGUAGUAAGUUUUGCACGAUAUGGACAUGUUAAAUACAUAUUCUAAGGUUAGUGUGAAUGACAAUAUUUAUGUAGUAGGCGGAUCUACGUAGAGGAGAGGGAAUGCAAGGGCACCCGAUCGAACACUCGAGAAGAACUUCAUGUAUAAAUAUCUCGAGUAUAUAUGUGUAUGUACUCCAUUAAAAUCUAUGUGUGUUAGCAUAUA